GAACGUGCACGGUGGAGCAGCCUGCAACUGAGAGGAGCUGAAAACAUCUUGCCACAAGAGUGUCAUUUUACUCGCAUUCCCGUCCAAUUCAGGCAUUGUUGAGAAAGGUUGCACAAGUGAAACUGAUAUCGAACAAGGCAACAGCUCAUCUGUGGGAUCCAGACUUCAGACUCCAGGGGGGAAAAGGCGAGAAGGAGGAAAAGUAGAGAUUUCAGCUCGUCUGGAGUUUUGCAAAAAAAAAAAUGUCUAAACCUAAUUACUCCGGCACGUUUCAUAUGGUGGAGCAGCAAAAUAUGGACGGCUACCUCGCAGCUUUAGAUGUUAAUUUCGCUCUGAGGAAGAUUGUAUGUCUGUUGAAGCCCACCAAAGAGAUCACCCAUGACCCGGCCACAGGAGACAUGAAGAUCCGCACUCUCACCACCUUCAAGAACUUCAACAUGGAUUUCAAGAUCGGAAAAGAAUUUACUGAAGACCUGGGGCCAGUGGAUGGCCGGACCUGUCAGACUACAGUGAACUGGGAAGGAGACAAACUGGUUUGUGUACAGCGGGGAGAGAAAGAAGGACGAGGCUGGACACACUGGCUGGAGGGCAACAAGCUGCAUUUGGAGCUCAGAGCUGAAGGCGUGGUUGCCAAGCAAGUCUUCCAGAAGGCUGAUUGAAGUGAAUAACUUCAUUUUAUUCUUAAUAGAAUAUAGUUACGGACUUGGUACUUUGAAUAAUGUUCCAAUAAUGUUUAAAAAUUGUAAUCAACAUUAUUUUGAAGUAUCAUAAUAAUACUGAAUAUCUGUGAAAGUACUGUACAUGUACUUAAUUGUUUGUGUCAGAUGGUACUAACUGAAUGAAGAACUGUAGCUGCAGAGCAGAAUGACUUGAAUGACGUGAAUUGUGUAAACAUUCCCACAUACUCAUAUUGCACUCAUCUAUCUUCUAAAUGUUAUAAACAAAUCAUACAUC